AUCUUUGGAAAAAUCGCAUUAUUUUGUUUGUCGUCCGUGAAAUAUUUCAAACGUUCAAUUGUGAAAGCACACCGGCUACAGUUGCAGUUGAAGUCAGCUGUCAGGCGUCAGCAGAGGAAACAGCCAUUUCCAAGUGGACUUAAAAAAAAUUCUGUUUUUUCUUUGCGUUCUCUUUUGUCUACAUGUGAAGACUUUCGCUCUUUGCAUGGAUGUCUAUGAACUAACUAUUCAACAAAUUUGUUUCGUAAAAGCGUUUUUUCGACCAGAGUGAACUGUAUGGGUUGUAAAAUGACUAAAGGCAAAAAGUCAAAGAAAACCGAAACAAAUGUGGAAGAAACACAUGUUGAAAAUAUUCCCAAGGAUUUGAAAUCUUUGAAAAGAAGAGAUUUACAAGCUCUUUGUAAGAAGCACAAAUUAAAGGCAAUUGGAAAGAAUUCAGAACUUAUAGAAAGGCUACGGCAGUACUUUGAAACAAUUCAACUAUCAGACAUUGGCACAAUAGAAGAAGCGCAUGAAAAUGCAAUCAGUGAUGAUAAUAAUAGUAACCAUGUUAGUCCUGUCUUGGACAAAGAUGAAUGUGAUUUGAGUAUCACAACCAAACCAUCAGAAAAGGCCAAAGAAACUUUGAAUUCAUCAACACCAAAAGCUAACUGGGAAUGGGUUGCUCAUUGGUGUGUUGUUGAUGGAGUUUUAAAGCAAGAUGCCGCGGAUCAAUGGGUUUUAUUACAGCUGGUUGGCGGACGACCAUUGAUUAUUGAUAAAAAAACUAAAGCAAGACUUGACUUUGUACUUGAGCCCACAGUACUUCCGACCCCUGAAGAUUGUGAGGACAAUUAUAUAUGUGGUGAUUGUGUAAGGAAAAAUCAGGAAAAACUCUCUGGUUGGAUAACAUUAAGGAAAAGUGAUGAUAUAAUUGAAACACCAAAAUCAUCAUUGGGAAAGGAAAACAUGAAAAACAACAGUCUACAUCGUCAAUCCUUUAAACGAAAACGUGAAGAUGUUCUAUCGCCUUUCAAUAGUUCAGACUUUAUUGAGAUCACUGACAGCCCGAGUAAAUUGAGGCGGUUAGAUUCACGUAGUUGUUCUCCCGCCAGCCCGCAAGUCAGGCGUGAGAGAGGAGAAGAUCUGCUACCAAAAAAUCUUUUGAAACCAUUCAAGCCAAAAAAAGCAAAGAAUACUCCACCAAGAGAAGAUGCGGAUUACGCUCUGAAAGUGGAAAAUAUCAUCACAAAUCUUGAUCCUGAAGAGCAAAGAAAUUUAGUUUUUGGUUUGAAAAGCAAAGCUUUGCCCAGAUCACCGACUAACUUGAGAAAAGUGCAGCAAAAUACUGUGACGGGGAAUGACGGCGGUAUACGAUGAUGGUGUGUACGUAGAAGGAAAUCAUAAAUUGAAAGAUGUAAAGUGAUAAGGCUUCUAUAGUGAUAAGGCUUCUAUAGUGAUAAGGCUUCUAUAGUGGUAAGGCUUCUAUAGUGAUAAGGCUUCUUAUCCAACUUAUUGUUUAAUUUAAAUCUCAAGUCUUAAAAAAUAUAAAUCUUAAAGCCUU